CGACACACGAAGGAAAACAAAACCUUUUUUUUUUAUUCAAAGGUCACAACGCUGCACCAUUAAAUACUUAUCCAUCUAUUUCUAUGUGUGAUUUAUUUUGGAUCAAUUUUUUUUGUUCAGUUUUAUUUGGAAUAUAUCCAAGGGGUUCACACAAAGAGCUUUUGACUUUUGAGGAGUUGAGGAAACCUAAUUGAAAGAAUUCUUCACUCCAGGUUUAACGAAGCUAAAGACACACAUAAAUACUGAUGUGUAAUUUUUUUUCUACUAACUGUAAUUCACGAUUUAAAUGAUUAAUAUCAUUCAUUUUAAUCAAAGCGGUUAUCACCUAAAGGAUAGACAAAUUUUCAAGAAUCCUGGAAUAUAAAGUGUUUCGACUUCAUGUUAUCUAGAUUAGGCUCUUUGUCAACCUGCUUCUAAAACGUUGCACAAAGAGCCAUAUUGUGUGUAGGAAACUUGGACAUUUGUUAAGAUCUUCAUUGGGGAUUUCUGAACGUCAUUAUUUGUGAUUUCUGAAGGACUUCAUUGGAUAUUUCUGAAGGACUUCAUUUAAGAUUUCUUGAGGUCUACAUUUUAAAUUUCUGAAGGUUAUCAUUUGUAGAUUUCUGAAGAUUUUCGUUAGAGAUUUCCAACAUUUAUCAUUGGAUAUUUCUGAAGGUCUUCAGUGGAGAUUUCUGAAAGUUUUCAUUGGACCUUUCUGAAGGUUAUCCUUGCCUGCCAAAGCUAUUUAUUCAAAGGGAAUUAACCUUACAAAGAGAAUGGUUGUAACAGACAGCAUGUUGUUUCCCGGUAUUCACAUCAAGGAAGAGCUGACAGAAAGCGACACAGACACUCAGACUGACCACAGCUCGUGCCCGUCCUCGCCGAUGACCCCUCCGCCAAAACCGCAACCCCAGAGGCACACUAUCCUACCCAUGGACACAGUCAUUUUAGUUGCUAAGUCCAAAGAUGGCAGCAAAAACUCUUUGGUUUUCAGGAGUCUGCUUCGACAUAGGAGGACGCCUGGACGAGUCGAGAAAAUUAGGAUAAUUAAAGCACCCCCUGUGACGGAAAUCAAACAUAGUAAUUUGUCAACAAGAACUAGUUUAAAGCAACAGUUACAAAGGCAACAAUUCUUAGAACAAGAGCGUCGGGAGCAACAGUUGUCACAGUCACUUAACAUUAAUUCACACAUGACAGGGUCUGCAGGCAUCAAUGUACCAAGAGUCGUCGAAGCAGCGGAAGUACCUUCUAAUGUAUUACAGGUAAAAACACAGUUACAACACCCGACUAAAUAUCAUGUCAGGCAAAGCCAGAAAAGACAAGUCCAGCAUUUUCUCAGCGAACAUCAGGGAAACCAUCAUCCUAUCCAGUCUUUGCCGGCCAAUGUUUGCCUGACCAUUCCAGAACAGCAACAGUAUCAUCACAUACAGGCAUCCAGCAGCGCUCCUGAGCCCGACCUUCCCAGUCCGUUACUUGGGGGCUCCGGUGGAGCAGAUUUUAUGCCAAACACUUUUGAUUUACUAAGUGACCUUCAGUCUGUGGAUCCAUUAGAAAUUAGCUCAUUUCUUGGUGACAGUGAUUUGAUUGCUAUAGAACCAACGUUGGGUGGUGGAUCGCUUCCUCAGAACAGUCUUCUUCAGGGUUUUGAAUCAGUGGACACAGACACAUCCAAUCAAUCUCCUGCAUCUUGUCCUACAACUGCUUACAGGCACACUGAAAUUGCACAUGGAGGCAUCUCAGUUCAAGAUGAACUCUGGAGGAAAGAAAGGAUCAAGAAAGAUAACCAUAACAUGAUUGAACGCAGACGAAGAUUUAACAUCAACGAUAGAAUAAAAGAAUUAGGAGGGCUUUUGCCGAAGACUAUUGAUCCUGAUCUACGCCAGAACAAAGGGUCCAUCUUGAAGGCAUCAGUGGACUACAUCAAGUGCUUACAGGACGAGCAGCGGAGGUAUAAGAUGAUGAUGGAAGAUAAGAAAAAAACAGACCUUCAGUACCGCAAACUAUUAAUCAAAUUGCAGCAAAUGCAGACUUUGAUGAAAGACAAAGGCAUUGAAAAUCCACUUUUGAGCGAUGGGGAUUUCUCUUCAAACGUUAAAACAUUUUUGAUCCCAGAGACAGCGAUGGCGACAACAACUCUAACUCAGCAACUGCAGCUUCCCAGCCAGACUACACAGGCUCUGUCUCCAAGUUUAUUGGACUUUAAUGCCUACAGCUCUAUUGACGAUAUGAUGGAUGAGUCAUCUCCAGUCAGUGGUGAUCCCAUGCUGUUAUCUGCCCCUGGCAGCCCUGAAUGCGAUGAUCAUCUAGGUUUUGGUCACUUUUAACAGUUCCUGACAGAAAUAUUAUUUGUGUAUGUGGGUUUCUCUGUCAUUCUUUGCAAAGAACAAUAACAAAUGAUAAUUACAGGGAUCCGUGCUUAGAAUUUGAACAAUACGGUUUGUUUGCCUUGGAUAGGAGAUUCUGUGAGAAGCUAAAAGUUUAUGAUAUUUUGUGGACGAGGCUACAAUUUGCAAAAUUCCAGGACAUUUGGAGAUGCUUGAUAACAAAUAGAGGUGUGUUUACUUUGGAGACAAUGUGCAAGUUAUGGGACAUUAGUUGGCAAUUCAUGAACUGAAUAAUGGAGCUACCAGCCAAAGGAGUUAACAACCUUGUGUUAGUACAGAGACAGAAAGUUGAAUGAAAUAAGCAAAAAAAAUCUGGUGCUGUAUUGAUUGAAUAUUUAUUUCUCUUCAGCCCCUACAUUAUUGGAAUGACAAUCUUGCAAUGGUCAAUUUAUUUGCAUGAAACUUUUGGAGAAAGCCAAAACUUAGCCAUGUGUAUUCAUUCAUUCAUCCUAGCCAUAUGUAUAUGUCUUGUUGCUUUGGUGACUUAAGAUACAGUUUCCCACUGUACAUAGAUGCAUGUAUCAUCAUCACUAACCCUACCAUUUGCUGUGUGCUCUUUGACAUUUCAUCACUUACCUUGUUGUAACUUUCUCAUUUUCCUACUUCAACAAAAACACAUUUGACAGUUAGAGAAAAUAAGUGUUGUGACAGCUGUUAAGUGACUUUGACUCCAUGUCAUUAUGUUGCUCUGACUGCCUUUCUGUUCUAUGUAUCCGCUCCUUAUAUGUCACUAGGUAUAGAAUUGUAACUAUAUGUUGUCAAAAAGUCAUUCCUUGAGCAUUUUCUAUAAGCUGUUCCUGUACACUUGCUGCUUUCUGCUAUCAACAUGCAAACUGUUUUUAAAAGUCAGUCAGUUCCGUUGAAAAUGUAAAAAAAAAAGUUCUUUUAAUUUUUGUAAAUAUUUUCAGAGGAAAGAUGCAAUUAUUCUAUUUUUAUAUAUAAAUAAUAUAUAUAUAUAUAAAUAUAUAGCUUUUGUUUAUACUUAAUUGUUCAAAAUAUGCAAGCUUAAUAUUGAGUGUCAGUUGAAGCCUUUGGCCUUGGAUGGUUUUGAAGCUGUGAUUGUACAUUUUAAACUUAAUUUUUUUUUUUUGACAUAACCCUUUUGAAGUGCUGGCUGGUUUGAAUUGAAUUUCUGGAAGCCUGGUUGAUUUGAUUUUAUGCUCAGCCUUCUUAUGUAGGCUUGCAUUGUUCCAACAUUUUCUAUUAUAUCAUUUUCUUGGAAUGUUGUUUGAAGAGAUGCUAGCAAAGUGACUGUUCAACAUAUUUUAUUGUUCACUCUGUUUUGUGAAACACUUGCUUGUUGUGUACUGGAGAUGUAGAGGUAGACACUUUUAGAAAAUGUUAUACAAAGUUUAGAAAGUCAUAGUCUCCCUUGUUUCUCUAGAUAAUGACAGUAUGGUUUAGUCUCCCUUGUUUCUCUAGAUAAUGACAGUAUGGUUUAUCCCCAAAUUAAAUGUGAAUGUAUUUCUAUAUCGUUCUUACGGUUUACAAUCCCUUAAGCUUUUUUUUUUUUUUUCAUUUUCACAUCAUUGGGUUGUGGAUUUGUCCAUAGUGACCUAUUUGUUCUCUAUCAUUCCUUGUAGUCAAGUGCCUUUUAUAAAAGGUUUCCAAUUUGCCCCUACCUAAAUUGUUAUACCAGAUCUAUUGGAAUUUAAAGAGAUGCAUUUUGUUUUUUAUUAUUUGUGCUAAAAUAAUACUGGAUCUUGAAAAUGUUAGCAGUUUAUGAUUGGAUACAUUCCCCUUCCCCCUUUUUCUAUUUAGUUGCAGAAUACCUUUCUUAUUUCAUAAAAUACCUUUCUUAUUUCAUUAUUUUUUUAAUUUUUUAUUUUUUAUUUUACAUUUGAAUUCUUUAUGGAAAUAAUUUUACAAUAAUGACAACAUUCUCAUGAAGCAAGUUGACCUCUCUCCCCUUUCCCUGUAUGUGCUAUGUCAUAACUAAACUAGUAUCCUCUGACUGUUUAUGUUGUCUGCAUUGAAUCUUGUAUUUGUUUAAUUGUCACUUCUCUUGCAAUGAAAUCAGGACACGAUGAUUUCACAAGGUCCUUCCUUUCUGUCACAGAAGUUCUCUCCCCUUCCUGCACUCUGUUCUAAAUGACUCCUUUGCGAGUGGCUGUACAUAAUGUAUAUAGUUAUAAUCCUGACGACAUUCAUUAUCACCUCUAUCAUUUCAUCAUGAGGAUGGCCAGGUAAAUGAAUGAAACCUAUUGGUGACAAGCUGUUCACACAAUGUGUCCAAUCAAAAAGUGUCCCUUUGUCAAAAAUGUUAACUAUGUAGUGUAUGUAUUUUUGUUAUCACAUUUUUUAAAUUCAUGUUUUUCCUAUUCUCCUUAUUUCAAGAAACAUUUCAUAAACUAAAAUUUUAUUUUCAUUCUUGUCACUAUUUUAAAAUUAUCAGUACAGUUAUGAACUAUUUAUACAUUUUUGUGGAACACUCAUAAUUAGAUUUUUAAUGUUUUUCUUUGGUAAAACAAAAUAUAUAUAUAUCAUUUUCAUAUGGCUUGAAAAAAUCAACAAAUUAUUUACAAUGGUCAAAAUUUUUACUUCUUUGAUAGCUCUACUUAUAUAAGGCUAGACCUAAAUCAAGGUGAACUCUUUGUGUUAAUGAAUUAGUGUGAUGAGAUAGUUGUCCCAAGAUGUGUACAUGUUGCAUGAACUGUUUCUAAAUGACUCACUUAUACUUACUGAUGUAGUGUUUGUGAUCUAGACUAUGGUUAGGAUCAAAAGGUUGAAAGUACAACAGAUUUACAAGAAGUUAAUACAUUGGCAAAGUUCAGUGAAAACA